CAGUUUCUUUUAUUUAUUUAUAAAGCUUCUAACAACAUUCCAGUACUGGGUGGUAGCUAGCUUCAUCUCAAAACCCAUUUUCGAAACAAACUCGAAUAUUUAUUAUUAUAAAUACGAUUAACCGUUUUCAAAACACAAUCAAAUUAUUCUCUUCUUUCUUUUCGUUUUCAAAAAUGGCUGGUUUCGUACGUACAAAGCGACUCAGUGACCCGCUCGACGCGCGAGUUAGAGAUCGACUCGUCGGGAGAGAUUCCGGCUCCGACCACGGCUAUUCCAGCAGCGGAAGCGAGCACUCCGCCGAUGAGUCUCCCUGUUUAUCAGAACUCGUUCAUUGUUUUCUCGAGGAAGACGAGUCCGAGUCAACUCGGUCUGGUUUUGAGUACUACGAUUCCGAGUCGGAGCAAGUCGAAUCGGUAUCUGAUCGAGUCGAUGCGACCGAGUGUAUUCUCAGGUCUACCGUAGCUAACAAUGCCGAUUCGUACAGGAAACUUCUUCAGGCUCAUGUUUCCCAAGGCGUUGAAGCUUUUUCUCACAUGAGAUCUAACGAGGUAAUGUUCAGGCGAAAAGUCAUGUCGUUAUUACGUGAUUUGGGGCACAAUGCCGCGAUCUGCAAGACUAAGUGGGAUUCCUCCGGUGGAAUCACAGGCGGAAGCUACGAAUACAUCGAUGCCGUACUAAAACCUAGCUCCUGGUCAGGAACAUCAGCCGGAGAAACUCGCCGCUACAUAAUCGAUCUAGACUUCGCGGCCGAGUUCGAGAUCGCUCGUCCUUCGGCACAGUACACGAGGCUUUUACAGUCUCUUCCGAGAGUAUUCAUCGGCAAUGGCGACGAAUUGAAACGGAUCGUUAGAACAAUGUGCGACGCAGCCAAAAGAUCGUUAAAAAGCACAGAACUCUCAAUACCUCCGUGGAGAAAGAAUCGUUACAUGCAGAACAAAUGGUUCGGUCCGUACAGACGGACGGUGAAUCCACUACCGGAACAAAUAUCCCCGUCGGUGACUUCUCCGGCACCGACUCCCGUCGUGAAAUGCCGUUGGGUGGGUUUCGAUAACGCCGUCUCAGACGGCCACGUCAACAUUGUCCGAACAAGAUGAUAAGGAUUGCAAUAAUCGCAAUUAAUAUAUAUAAUAUAUUUUUAAUAUUAAAAAUAAAAUAGAUUAAUUAAACUAAUCUCAUGAGAUAUUGCUCUUUAAUCUUUUAUUAUUUUAAUUAAAAAAAAAUCAAAAUGUAUGUAACGCGGAGAAUGAACAUCGUGUACAUAGCGGCGUUACAGUAGUAGAAGAAGAAUGAUGUAAACGAGUCAUUGAAACAAAUCGACGCCGUUAAAUUAGUCAAAAUUUUGUAGGGUCGGAUAGUUAAUCGAGCGGUUGUAAAUUUAUAUUAUAUUAUAUUAAUAAAUUAAAUCAAUUUGUUUUUUUUUA